UCCCUCUAGCUGCCAUCUUGCGUCCCCGCGUGUGUGCGCCUUAUCUCAGCUGGUCUGCCCGAGACCCCCCUGAGCGCCAACCCUAGUCCCCCGCGCGGCCCCAUUUCCGCUCCAACAAGGUACAAAAAGGCUUUGGACGCCGGCGUGGGAGGAGGACGGGAACGGGGGCGGGAAGUGCCCGGAAGGAGCGAGACAGGGAGGGACAGGGCUGAGGAGAGGAAGGCGAUGCGACGGACAGGCGCACCCACUCAGGCUGACUCUCGGGGUCGAGGUCGGGCCAGGGGCGGCUGCCCUGGGGGCGAGGCGACGCCGUCUCUUCCUCCACCUCGCGGCGGAACCCGAGGACAGGAGCCUCAGAUGAAAGAAACUAUCAUGAACCAGGAGAAACUCGCCAAACUGCAGGCACAAGUGCGCAUUGGUGGGAAAGGAACUGCUCGCAGAAAGAAGAAGGUGGUUCAUAGAACAGCCACAGCAGACGACAAAAAACUUCAGUUCUCUUUAAAGAAGUUAGGGGUAAACAAUAUCUCUGGUAUUGAAGAGGUGAAUAUGUUCACAAACCAAGGAACAGUGAUCCACUUUAACAACCCUAAAGUUCAGGCAUCUCUGGCAGCAAACACUUUCACCAUUACAGGCCAUGCUGAGACAAAGCAGCUGACAGAAAUGCUCCCCAGCAUCUUAAACCAGCUUGGCGCAGACAGUCUGACCAGUUUAAGGAGACUGGCUGAAGCUCUGCCCAAACAAUCUGUGGAUGGAAAAGCACCACUUGCUACUGGAGAGGAUGAUGAUGAUGAAGUUCCAGCAGGCCUCAGAGCUUCCAUAGUUUGUGAUGGGUGUAAUUAUGAGACUAGUAUAUUCCUUCGUGGCACAAUAUGUAGCAGACUCAUCUUCACCGUGACUGCAGUCCAGCCUGCCGUUACAGAGCAGGGAGGGUGGCAAGCAAGUAGAGCGGUCCUCACACGAGAAGCCCAGUCGCUGUGAAGCUGUUUUAAACAGUCGAUAUGACAAAUUGGAAGAUUUAUAAGACAAAUACUGGAUGUUGACCUAUGCACCUGUGACUAUGAACAUCAAGCCCUAAUAAUAGAAUAACCUGCUUUUAAUAAUCCACUUUCUUCUUCCCCCUUUUGCUUCUUUCUGUUGUUCUUUUUCCCAUGAUUUCCUCUCCUCCCUUUCUUUCUUUUUCUCCCCUGUGCUCCCAAACUCUCUAGGCCGACUUAGCUUGCAUUUCUUGCAAUGCCAGUGGCCUUUGGGUAAACAAGUAUGUACUCACUCCUGCCUGAGAAGGAAGGUGACCAGGAGGGGGCAACAAGCCUGGUAUCUGCUUUGAGCUUCUCCACACAUUGGUUCUGUGUAUCUGUGAUUUUCUCUCUGUGCUUUUCUUAGCUAGAAAUGAGAGCAAAGAUAAAUUGCUACACCAACCUCAAGGGGACACUGUGGGCUAAAUUGAAACAUGUUUAAGUGCAAUGAAUCUACUAAAAAAUGUGUGGGAGUUUACCAGAAUAAUGUGAUGAUAUUUUUAAAGACAUGUAAGUACUGUAAAAUUUUGAUGGAAGUUAAGAGGUAAAUAGCAGAUUGGUAACACAUAUCUCAAAUAUUUACACGUAUUUACACCUGAAAUAACGUAUCGCCAGAAAAUUCUGGUUUGGUGUGUGUAGUGGUAAACAGGAAAUAUUUUAAAUACCUGGGUUAGAGUUGGUGAGGGCUUGGGGAAGGUGCGUUUUGUAUCUUGAAAGUUUUAUAGUUGGAAUAAAGGUGCGUUUUGCAUCUUAAAGUUUUAUAGUUGGAAUAAAGUUAAAAGUUUAUAUAGUUUUACAGGUAA